GGUCAACAAGCAACGAUGUCAUGACUUUGGUGGACUAGAGAGAACCACCCUCGAUAUCAGGAAAAGAAAGAAAAGAAUAUUAACAAAGGAUGGAGGACCAAGCUGUCCUGAUCGGAUUCGACCAACUAACAUCGACACUCAUCGUCCUAUUCAUCCUAAGUUAUCUGAUACCAUCGAUCAUCAACCCAGACCAAUCCUGGCUCAUUCACCCGAUCAUCCUAGCCCAUCAAGCCCGAUUCUCGCCCACUCGGAAACAAUCGGAAACUCCAAUCAUCACUAAUUCGGGCGCAACCCCUCAUUCCUUGCCCGUCACCCCGGAUCGUUCGGUUAAAUCUCUCUACGAUCUCUUGCUUAAAGCCGAGGGAAAACUGCAACAAAUCGACCUCCAUUCGAUCCUCCCACAAGAUGUUCGUUUGAACAGGUUGAUCACGAAUGUGCGUAACCAGCUUUGGUCUCAACUGCCAUCGAAGAAGAAUGAAGAACACCCAAAAAUAUUGAUCCUGUGUGAGGAUCCAUAUCUCAAGCUAGUUUUUACGUUAUCAGCAGCAACCUUACCGAUCACGACGAUUGUAGGCUCAAGCAAGCCCACCGGGACGAUUUCGAUCGACUCCAAAGCCGCGCUAGAGCCCUAUCUUGACUCGUUAUCUUUAGUGAUCUCCGACUUAUCAUCAAAGGACCUUGUCCAGGAAUUGUUGGGCCCGAAACUUGCUGGAGAUUGUCUUGUGUUAUCUACCGCCGAGUUGGACUGUAAUGCUUGGUUCUUGGCUGAUGAUCAAAGGGGGGAUUCGGCGCCUCAUGAUCCUGCGUUGGUUUCUCAAGCUAGAUUAAGGAUCAUCCAUCAGCAGCAGCGUUCGUCUUCUUCUACUUGUUCCAAUGAUUCAACGAAGAAAGAAGGAGAAGGAGUUGAAGUAUACGAAUAUACGCCCGAAAAUAUACUAGCUGGGAUCACGGGCUUGUUAGGAAUAUUCCCAGUCACUGGAAAAAUGACCUCAAAAGACAGGAUCUUCUUAGAAUUUAAUAACAGUGAUGGUGAUGAUGAUCUUUGGGGGUCUGAGAUAUCUGUAGCUCUGGCUGGGCUUUAUUCUGGCGCCGAUGUUUAUUUCUUUAACGGGUUCAAACUCUUAUCGGAAUACAAACCAACGAUCCUAAUGAUUAAAGCGAUGAAUGCACAGAUCUUAGCCGAAGAAAUCAUCCAACUAAGCCACCUCAGUUUGCUCAAAAAAUUCACCAUAGGCCGCCGAUUAUCGCAAGUUUAUAACGGGAAUUUGGGGAGUCCAUUAGUUGAGACUGGCGAAUGGGUGGGACCCCAAUUACGAGCGAUCCUCACCAAAGAUCCAAUUUCUCAAUCUACAGCCACUUUAAUCCGAGCAGGAUUUGGAGUAAGCAUGCAACGGAUAUACGCCCAUCCGAUAUCCACAGGGCCGAUCCUAGUCUCCCAACAAUACGACUUCCAAGUACCUCAGUCGACCACUCGAGCAACAAAGUCGAUGAUGGGCUGUGGCCCUCCUGCAGCCAAUGUGGAAUGUAAGAUUGUCGGGGUUGCUGAACCUUCUUUAGUCAAUCACGAUGCUUGGAAAGGAAAAUUGGUCGUCCGUGGUCCUUCAAUAGGCACUCGGAUCGUUCCUUCUCGGGAUCCCACUUCCCAACAGGAAGAUUGCUUCUUCCCCGUUGCUGAGAUCGCUCAAGUGCUUCCAAAUGGCACCUUUCUUCUCUUUCCUCCCUCUUCAACUGGUGAUGAUUAG